AUGGAGACAGACGCCGAUUGGCUCUUAUAUCUCGCGAUGAGGGUAUAAAACGGCGAGGUUCUCGUUGUUGUGUUUACAGUAAUAUUACAGAGCGCUCAGGAAACAGGGAGACUAUGAGACAGCGCAGCCGCUCCAUUCAACCACAUGGUUCCUCAACCGCACAGACAAGCUGCGCUGCAGACAGCCAGGUUCACAUAAGGGACUUGCACUGCUGUUGCCCACAGCGGCGCGUUUUGAAUCUUGCAGGGCGAGUUUUCAGCCGCACAGGCAGUUGAAAGUUGCUGUUAGUUUCGGGAUUUAUUUUUUAAUCUUUUUUUCUCGUUUCCGAGAGGCGCGCUGGUAGAAGUUGAGAGCUGAACUGAAAAAGAAGAGACUUGGGUGAACUUUUUCAGAGCGCCUGAAUUGAGAACAAGUGAGGAAUAUUAUUGUUUUUGUGAAAGCCCGAGAGGCUUGCUUUUUUUUUUUGCGCACUUGAACUUUGUGAAAGCACUGAGCGGUGUUUCCAGACACUUGGAGGAGAGGAUGGUGCAGCACAUGAGCCAGACAGAGAGCGCCCACGCUCACUCCCCCGGCGGAGACUCCACGGACACGGGAGAGAUGGACUUGGAGAUGGACGUGUCUCCGACCCCCGAGUCCCCUUCCUCCGGGGUGCGCAGCGACUUGGCGUGGUGCAAAACUCCGACGGGUCACAUCAAAAGACCCAUGAACGCCUUCAUGGUGUGGUCGCAGAUCGAGAGGAGGAAGAUUAUGGAGCAGUCGCCGGACAUGCACAACGCGGAGAUCUCCAAGCGGCUGGGGAAGCGCUGGAAGCUGCUGAAAGACACGGACAAGAUCCCGUUCAUCCGCGAGGCUGAGCGGCUCAGGCUCAAACACAUGGCCGACUACCCCGACUACAAGUACCGGCCCAGGAAGAAAGUCAAGUCGGGCAGCGGGGCGAGUAAGCAGGCGGAGCGCGGGGAGAAGAGCGGGGAGCGCAGCGCCAAAGCCGGCGUGAGAAGAAGCCCCGCGUCCAAAGGAGUGAGCAGGACGCACAAACAGGGGGGCGUGAAGAGCGCUCCAGGGCAGGACUACGCGUCUCCCGGCGACCACCAGGCGCUCUUCAAAUCCAGGUCAGUGUCUGGAGCCAGACAGAUCCCAGAGAAGCGCGGCGGAGAGGCGAGGCGCGGCCACAUGUUCGGCGGGGCGGGCAGCCUGGAGAGCGGGCCUCCCUCUGUGGGAGUCCCGGCCAGUCCCACCCUGAGCAGCUCGGCCGAGUCCAGCGACCCGCUGAGCCUGUACGAGGAGCAGAGCCCGGCGGCCAGCGACUCAUCACACACCGCGCGCCUCAGGUACGCUCGCGCCUCCUCCCCGACACCGUCGGCCUCUCACUCUUCCUCAUCUGUGUCCUCCUCAUCAUCAGAUGAGGAGUUUGAGGACGAGCGGCUCGACCUGAACCCGAGCCCCGGGUUUGAGAGCAUGUCCCUGGGCGGCAUGGGCUUCUCCGACGCGGAGCUGGACCGGGACUUGGACUGGAGCUUCGGGGAGUGCGGGGCGGGAUCUCACUUCGACUUCCCCGACUACUGCACCCCGGAGGUCAGCGAGAUGAUCUCAGGAGACUGGCUGGAGUCCACCAUCUCCAACCUGGUGUUCACCUACUGAAAAAAAAUGGACCACGGUGAGGAGAGGAACCGCGACGUCCCCACCACGUUUUGAACUGUUCAACAACCCCCCCACCCCCCCACCCCUCAUGACAGGCGCGUGCGUCCAGACCACAACGUUUCCGUCGUUCUUUCACUGAAUAAGGGAGAGUGAAAACAGGAAAGAAAAAAAAGGUGGCCUGUGUGCGAGUUGAUGCCCAGGUACGCGCGGCUCACAGACUUGGACAGCGCUUCGGUGUGCUUGACGGGAACGCGCAGACAGAGGGGGAAAUGCUUAGUCUGCAUUUGGACACGGAGGAGGAGUGAAUGUAAGCAGAGCGCAGUGAAACACACGGACUCGAGCUCAAACGUUCAGAGGAUGAGGACUGAGACUGAACUCUGAAUCUUGAUGUUAUUUUUGGGUCGGGAAAAAGGGGCAUUUACUGGAGAGCUCGUCAUGUUUGGGUUUUUUUUUCUUUUCUUUUUUUUGGUUUCGUUUAAGAUAUAGCCAAUUCACAUCAACCAUCAAGUUGCUAUUCAGGUGUAGUUUUUUUUUUUUUCGUUCUCCGAACUCGAAGUAGUUUCAAUAUCAACACGCAUGCCCUCCGAGAUAAAAGGAGGAUUUUGUUGUUGUUAAAAAUGCGUAAAAAUGUUCAUUGCUGCGUAAUUGCGCAAAAUCUUUCGUGUGACCAUAGGACACAAUUCACUAUCACCAGCUUCUCUUUCAACGGCAGGACAUAAAACAAAGACUGACUCCAAACUUCAGAGAAACCUUUCUUUUUUCUGAAAACCUUUUUAAACACUCAGUGCACAAUUCAGGACCAAUGUUUCCCCGACGCGCAUCCUUUCUGCCUAGUGCUUCAACUUUGUAGUUCCUCUGUGUCAGACGACGUUUUUUAUAUUGAUGUAUUUAUACCGGCCAAACUUUUUUAUACAUAGAAGUAUUGUCCUCGUACAGGUCUCGUUUGUGUUCGUGCACAUACACCUGUCUGUAUCCAGCGCGGAAGGGCUAGAAGUGUAUCUUAUUUAAAAUGUCUGACGUCUCUCACUUUUAAGGAGAUUUGAGUGUGUCAUGAUUUUCUACUUGUAUUUUUGUACAAAAUCUAUAGAAAGGGUUUUUCUUUCUUUUUUUUCCGGCGAGUGGGUAGCCUACAACAUUGUUGUUCGGAUCUACAUUGGUGUUUAGACGUGCAGAGGGGGGGUUGUUUUGGCACAAUCUGACCUCACACAGUGUUUACAGUAUUUACCCACAUGCUUCUUAAUGGCACAGUGACUCCAGUUUCACCAGCCAAGUAAACAAUGCGCCACUGAGGCUGCUCCCAGUCUGAGUGGUGACUGUUUUCUCCAGUACACAUAGACCUAAAGUAUAUGAGUGAAAGAUCCCAGAGAGUCACUGUUUGGAUAGAGCUAAUACCUCUGUGUGCUUUUUUUUAUGAUCAAGAUAAGUUUUAUUUGAACCACUGGAUGGAAUUUCACACUCAUUCCACUUUGCCUAGACUUUGGAGGGAGGGAGAUGUAUGAAGUGCUUCAUCUGUUAUUGCGCAAAUUGCAUCAAAAAAUAGUAUUUAACCUUUCUGUACCUGUUGGCUAAGUAUAGCAGGCUAAUUGUUUUCCUAUAUUAUGGCAUGGCAAAUAGCAUUUGUAUUUCAGAUUCAGGUAUAUGUAGCUAUAGCUGUUGUGUUUAAGAUUUUUAAAAGAAUAAUAACAUGAAGAUAUUUAUGUAAACUGACUGUACUAUAAGCAAAGAUUGUGUGUUUUAUGUAUGAUGAUGAUGAUGAUGAUGAUCAACGACAGGCACUAGGACAGCCCAUCUUUGGACAUCCUUAUGUUGAAGAUGAUUGUGGUCCAGGAGUUUCUUUUUCUCUCUCUUUUUUUUCUUUUCUUUUGUACCUUCGAGACAUCUUUUUUUUUUCAAUCGUCCUCUUUUCUUUUUUCAUUUGUGCAAUAUGCUGUGUAUGAUCAUGUUUUGUCCAAUCAUGCCAAUAUCAUUUUUUGAUGUUUAAUAGCUCAAAAACCAGCCAAUGUUUGGGUCAAUCACUGCCUCUCAGACCUCUGUACAGAUUGUCGUUUUUUUAUUUGUUUUUCUUUUCUUCCAAGAAGGAAAUAAAAUCAGCUGGAACUGAAAGGUG